UUCAGUGUUGGGACGGAAAAAGAAUAAAAAGGAAAGAUAAAGAACAGAUUUUUGAUGAGGGAGAGGACGACGACAUUUGCGAAGCGACAUUUGGGAACAAAAUGGAAAGCUUUGGGAUUGGAACAAAAGGACAUUUGAGUCUUGACUGGUACUGUAUCCUAAAUUUAUGGGACUAUUUUGGAGGAAAAAGUGGCUUAAAAAUUUUUUAUCUAGAAAACUUUUUUGGGGUGUGCGCAAAUGUCGGUACGCAAAUGUCGUUCUACCAGUAAAUAGAGGAGGAAGAAAGGGAAGGAAAACUCGCGCAAUACUCAAAAAUAAAUAAAAAUAAAAAAUGCUCAAUUG